GAGCUAAUGUUUGAAAGCGCUUUUUUACUAAUAAAGUAAUUUUUUUAAUUAAAAAGUUCUUGUGCUAUCAGGAGCAGAUGGCAUGAAACCCCAUUUAUAGAACUUAUCUUAUUGGCAGAAAAAUCGCCAAGACACAAUCGGAAAGAACCAAACAAAUAGAUUUGCGAAUGAAAAAUCAUGCAAGAAAAGGGGAAAAGAAUUGUGCUACAUCUGUACUGAACGCACAGCACUAAAUUAAUUUGUUUCGGUGGUUAAAAUACAAAAUAACAAUUUGUUACAAAUAAGCAUAACUUUAAGUUUGAGACCUAGAAUAUCUUUUCGGAAUACAAAAUAAAGUUAUUACAGGAUUUGUUUAUACAGAUAUUCUUGACACAUGGAUUCUAAUGGAACUGAUAGUUCUAUUACUCUGGAUAUGAUACGAAAAACUGCAAUAAGUCGGAGAGGUGGAGUUAGAGUUCGAGGUGGAAGGCUACCUCCCAUCCGCAUCAGAGAUGUUGUACCAGCAUCUUCCACCAAAAAAGUGAUAGCUCCAAAAAUACCUCAAAGGCGUAUAGCAAUCAAGAAAGAAACUCCAGAGCCAUCUGAAGUAGCGGCAACAUUCUCUAAAGAUGAUCGAAGAGAUUUUCGAAAAUUUUCAGGUCGUGGAAGAGGCCAAAGAGUGUAUAUUCAGACCGAAGGCUCUUUUUUAGAACAAGGACCAGCCUUUAGGCUUAAAAAAGAUACCGUGGAACCGCAUUAUGAAAGAAUUCCUAGAUCAUCUUCCAGGAUGAAGAUGGGUAUGGAGACCAAAAUCAAUGCGAGCCAGAUUAACUUACUGCUGGAAGAAUAUGAUGAAAAGGACACAUGUUUAGAUUGCGAAAAUAACAUGCAACCAGUACGAUUUCCGUAUAUAAAAAGGGAAUUAAAACUAAAAAUUAAAGAAGAAAUCUUGGAUAAAGAAAAUGAGGAACAAAAAAUCAAAGAGGAAAUCGUAGAUAAUGAAGAUGCCGAACCGAAAAUUAAAGAGGAAAUCUUAGAUAAUGAAGAUGUCGAACCAAAAAUUAAAGAAGAAAUCGUCGACAAUGAAGAUGCUAAACCAAAAAUUAAAGAGGAAAUUGUAGAUAAUAAAGAUGUUGAAUCAAAAAUUAAAAAAGAACUAGAAGACGAGACUGAUUGGAAAAAGGGAAAUUGGAUAAAAACACCUAAGCAAGAAAUACCUGAUCCCCCAUUCUGUAGUUUAAUGGAAGCUAUGAAGCUAUCACAAGAGGACGAUAUGUUCCUUCUCUUCCAACUUUCUUCUUGCCUUCCUUUCAAAAUAUGCGACGAGAGUUCGAAUCAAUUAGCAAAAAAGGAUAAAAGUUCAUCUGGGCAAGGCGUAAAAGUUGAAAAUACACAAGAUGAAUCGAAGGGAACCAGCUUGAAAGAUAUGCCCGAAGGUUCAUUAGGGAAGUUUCAAAUAAUGAAAUCAGGCCGGAUGCGCUUGGCGCUAGGGUCGGUCGACAUAGCAAUAGAAAACGGAAUGAACGAAGGAAGUACGGCGGAAGUCGUAUCAGUUCCACUGGCAAAUGAUGAAGGCGAUUUCAUAGUUCUUGGUAAAAUUUGGCAAAAAAUGAUCAUGAGCUUCAUCAACGAGAGUGCAUUUGAUAACGACAAAUUUAGCGCGCAUCACAAUCUCGCACACUGCGAUUCUUCGAAGGAAUUGGAUUUGAAAUAUAUUGGGCACUCCGGUCCCGAAAUUGAAAUUUUACCAUCAGGCUAUCUCGAAUUUUUUGGUGAAGAUAUUAACAACGGUGGUACGUGUUUUAUGCUAACAUGGAUGAUAUAUGUUGAAAACGAUACUUUGUGCUGA